AUGGCUGCCCAAAGUCGCGACGCGACUGCACGGCUACCAAAGAGCGAGAUGAAGAACUUGGCGAUUUCUUCGAGAGUCAGAGUUCCUCUAAGAUUCGUCGAGAAGAUUGAGCAAUGCAGAGAAGAAGGACACGUCCAAACGAAACCCUAUGGAGGACGAAAACGAAUGAUUUUGACCAACAUUUCGAACAAUUCACAGCCACCUCCGCCGCACCGUCGAUUCAAUCGUUGA